CCACCAGGAGCCGGGCGGCGGCGGCGGCGGCGGCCGGGGCCGUGUCUCUGCGCGGGGCCGGGCCGGGCCCAUGGGCGGGUAGCGCCCGCCGGGCGGAUGCUGCGGGCUCCGGCUCCCACGAUGCCGCCCCGGCGCCGCGACCGCUGCCUCCCGCUGCUGCUGCUGCUCGCGGGGAACAUCUGGCCCGCGCCGGGCAAGUCUCCGGGGGAGCCGCCCAGCCCGCAGGAGGUGCUGAUCAAAGUCCAGGUGUAUGAGAACAGCGACCUCUCCCCGCUGGCCCAGGCUGCUGUGGAAGUGUAUGGGAACCAGACGUCACUGGCCUCAGGCUCCACGGACCAUGAGGGCGUCGGGAUGCUGCCCGUCAGCUAUCGCCUGGGCACCUGGAUCCUGGUCACCGCCGCCAAGCGCGGCUUCGUCACCAACUCUGUGCCCUGGCGGGUUGACAAGCUGCCACUGUAUGCCUCUGUCAGCCUGUAUCUGCUCCCGGAGCGGCCCGCCACCCUCAUCCUCUAUGAGGACUUGGUGCAGAUCUUGCUGGGAUCACCAGGGGCCAGGAGCCAGCCGUGGGUGCAGUUCCAGCGCAAGGCGGCCCGCCUGCCCCGCAGCUCCACCUACAGCCAGCUCUCCGCCUCCCUGACGGCCGCCAGCGGGGCCCACGACAUGCGGGGCUUCCCCUCCUUCAUCGGGGCUGAGAGCAACGGCAGCGCCAACAGCACCUGGCUGGAGCUGGUUCCCAUCGCUGCCGUCAGCGUCCACCUCUUCACGGGCAAUGGCACCGAGGUGCAGCUGUCGGGCCCCGUGCACCUGUCCAUCCCGCUGCCUCCCGACACCAGCGCCACCGCGGCCACCAGCGUGCCAGCCUGGAGGUUCGACAGCAAGAGCGGCCUGUGGCUCCGAAACGGGACAGGGCUGAUCAGGAAGGAGGGGCGCCAGCUGUACUGGACGUUCGUCUCACCCCAGCUGGGGUACUGGGCUGCUGCUCUGCCCUCCCCCACCACAGGGCUGGUGGCGCUGGCGUCGGGGAUGAAGGACAUCACCACGUACCACACCAUCUUCCUGCUCACCAUCCUGGGGGCGCUGGCGCUGCUGGUGCUGAGUCUGCUCUGUCUGCUCAUCUACUACUGCAGGCGGAGGUGCCUGAAACCCCGACAGCAGCACAGGAAGCUGCAGCUGUCUGGGCCGCUGGAUGCCUCGAAGCGAGACCAGGCCACCUCCAUGUCCCAGCUCAACCUGAUCUGCACCAGCCACCUGGAGACAGCCUCAUCGGCUGGCGACACCGACGCGCACACGCCCAUCCUCAAGUCAGCCUUCUCCAGCUCCCGCGAGCUGGGCAGCUCCCGCGAGGAGUUCUUCCGUCACAAGCUGCGGCACGUCAGCAAGGCCUCCACGGAGACGCUGAGCCAGCGGGGUGCCCCCAAGGAGGAGUACCCGCGCCCCGGGGAGAGCUUCUCGCUCAAGGCCGCGCGCUCCGUGGACGGCCCGGGCGCGCUGGAGCCCCCCCUGCUGGAGGAAUACAAGCGCAGCUUCUCCCACCAGCGCGUGGAGGACAAGGGCGCCGAGCCGCCGCGGAAGCACUCCAGGAACGAGAGCAAGCCCUACCUCCAGGAGCCGCCCUCCCCGCCGCCCCUGCCACCCCCCUUUGACCACUACGUGGGCCACAAGGGGGAGCCCAAGCCCCCCGACUUCAUGCUGUCGCAGUCCGUGGACCACCUGGCCAGGCCCACCUCGCUUACCCAGCCGGGGCAGCUCAUCUUCUGCGGCUCCAUCGACCACAUGAAGGACAGCGUGUACCGCAACGUCAUGCCCACCUUGGUCAUCCCGGCCCACUACAUGCGCCUGGCGUCGGAGUACCCCUCCGGGGAGCAGGCCCUGGCCGGCCGGGAUGACCAUCCCGCACCAGUUCGGGCCCCAGGACCAGCAGCGGCAGCUCCUCCAGCAGCAGCUCCAGCUGCAGCACCAGCAGGGCGAGGACUCGGGGGCAAGGGCUGGGGGGCGCACUCCUCCUCGGUCAGCGGCUCCGUCACCAUCCCGGUGCUGUUCAACGAGUCCACCAUGGCCCAGCUGAACGGGGAGCUGCAGGCGCUGACGGAGAAGAAGCUGCUGGAACUGGGGGUGAAGCCCCACCCGCGGGCCUGGUUCGUCUCGCUGGACGGGCGCUCCUCCCAGGUGCGCCACUCCUACAUCGACCUGCAGGGCAGCGAGAAGAGCCGGAGCAAUGACGCCAGCCUGGACUCGGGCGUGGACGUCCACGAGGCCAAGCCCCACAAGCGGGCCAAGGAGGAGCGGGAGCGGCCCCCCGCCCCCCCCACCUACUCCAAGCUGGCCUUCCCCGACGACCCCGAGCAGAGCAGCAGCGAGAGCCGCACGGCCAUCUGCUCCCCCGAGGACAACUCCCUGACGCCGCUGCUGGACGAGACGGCCGAGGCCCGGGCCGCCACCAUCCCCCGCCGGGGCCGCAGCCGGGGCACCAGCUCCCACAGCAGCGCCAGCGAGCUGCGCCGGGACUCCACCACCAGCCCUGAGGACGAGCUGACCGACCCGGCCGAGGGGGGCGACGAGCCGGGGGACAGGAAGAGCCCCUGGCAGAAGCGCGAGGAGCGCCCGCUCAUGGUCUUCAACGUGAAGUAAGAAGGGGGGGCCUGCGCCCCCUCCUGGAGCCGGCGCCAGCCCCUGGGGGGCAGAGGAGGGGGCGGGGCUGGAUGCCAGCGCCUGAUGGGGAGGCCCCUGUGACCAGGGGGCAACGCCAGACCAGGACCCCAAAGACCCCCCCCUCCACCUGAGGGCUGAGCUCUGUGGGGGAGCAGGGGAAGGGGGGGACCCAGUGGGACUGACCCCCAGGGCAGUGCAGACGGAGAACCAGUGACCUGCUCCCCCCUGCAGCCGGGCAUUGUCCGUCGCACCCCCCUGCCUUUCGAGGGACGGCCCAGAGCAGGGAGGAGACGCUGUGGCAGCAGGACAGGGCAGGGGGCUGAUCUCCCCACCACCAGGACCAUCUGUCGGGGCUGCUGCAGGCCGGGCCCCCCUGGUGGAGGGGUGACGAGGACUCAGCGGCCGCCCCCGCCAGCCCGAGCCCAGCGGGCAGAGUGAAGGGAUUGAGUCGGGAGGGGGGCAGGGCCUGGGGCAGCCUGGCCCAGCCCGUUUCCAAGCACACUCCAGGGGGGCUGGGCAGACCAUCCAGGGAAGCGAUGCCCAAGCGGAGCCCCCCAACCCCGGGGAGAGCACGGAGCCAGAACAAACUGCGGCUGCUCCUCCCCCAUGACACCAGGCUGGAAGGGGUUAAGAGCCCCCGGCCCCUGUACAGCUCCAGGGUGCGUGGAAUGUCUGAGGAUGGUGCCCACCGACUGGCACCUCGCUGUCCAGCUCCAGCUGCACCUGCCUGGCCAGGGGGGGCAGCCCCACACCUCGCCUGGGGCAGCCUGAGCCCAGCCCUGCCAGAGUGCGGUGGCUGCAGCAGGUGCUGGGGCAGCGGCUACAUGGGGGCUGCCAGUGGAGCCUGACCUUCGUCUGCAUCUCUGACACCCUGGGGCUGCGUGGAGCCUCCUCCGGCCCCGCCUGGAGCCCCGCGGUGCCAGCCGCACUCAGCUCCCCACCCUCUCCUCCAAGUGCCUUUGUGCCCUGCGCUGCAGGGCGAGUGGCACAGCUGGGCCGUGUGCGCAGACCCGGCUAAAUCCUCCUCGGGCCUAAUCUGCUUUCCCCAGGCUGGCUGCUGCCUCCAGCGAGGGCUGGGGGGUGGCAGCAUCCCACCAUGCAGCCUGGGAGCUGCCUGCGAUCCCCGCCCCCCCCAAGGCCAGGGGCUCAGCCAGCCCUACCGUGUAUAAGGGGGAGGGGAUUCAGCAGGUGUAGGAUCUCCCCAUACCCUGGCCUGGGCUGUGGGGCAGGGCCCUGGGGGCUUCAUUCUCAAGGCACUUCCUGCGGCACCUGCUAGUGCGGCCGUGGGGGGCAGCUGCACUUGGGCCGAGAAGCAGCUGCUGUUGGCCUCUGCACCCAGGCAGGCCGUAGCGGGGGCUCUGGGACACAGCGGGGGGAUCCCUAGGGAAUAAAACACCCACCUGUGGCUUUGACUUUCA